GCGGCAAAGCCCUAACCAGCCCCAGCACCGCCGCCGGCUGCACGGCACCAGGGGCGGGGUCUGCUCCUGCCCGCCCCCGCCGGGCCAGGUCCCCUCCUCCUUCCCCUGCACCUGCCUCCCGCCGCGCCCCGACUCGCCGGCAGCUCCCGGGGCGCGGAGCCGGAGCCCACCAUGGGCCACCUGCGGGGCGGGAUGCGCUGCAUCAAGUUCCUGCUCUUCGCCUUCAACUUCGUCUUCUGGCUGGCAGGGUUGGCUGUCAUUGCCUUUGGACUAUGGCUGCGAUUUGGUGGGGUCCUGGGAGACUUAACUUCGGAGGAAAAAUCCCCAGAGUACUUCUACAUGGGGCUGUAUGUGCUCGUGGGAGCAGGGGCGUUGAUGAUGACAGUUGGAUUUUUUGGGUGCUGUGGAGCAGUGCGGGAAUCUCAGUGCCUGCUUGGAGCGUUUUUUGCCUGCUUGCUGGUGAUAUUUGCUGCUGAAGUCACUGCUGGAGUGUUUGCAUUUAUAGGCAAAAAAGCGGCAGUACAGGAGGUCCAGACCAUCUAUAAAGAAGCUUAUGAUGACUAUGUGAUGGACAUGGGGAAGAGCAACAAAACUCUCAUUCAGUUCCACACAGUUCUUCAGUGCUGUGGUAAAGAAAGUGAGAUUCAGGUGAAGCCCACCUGUCCAGAGGGCAUCCAGAUGCCCAAGAACUGCCUGGAUGAAAUCCAGAAUUUAAUUAACUCUAAUCUGCAGUUAGUUGGAAUCGUUGGAAUUGGAAUUGCUGGCAUCACAAUCUUUGGCAUGAUAUUCAGCAUGGUUCUCUGCUGUGCUAUCCGCAAUACAAGAGACAUGCUCUAGAACUCACUGCACAAUUUCUAUGCUCCGGGACUUCCAGACUAAACUUUACAAGAUGCAUUCUCUGAGUUUAAUAAUUGUAAUAUAUUUUUGAUUAGUGUUUUAACCAACUGGGAGGAAAAGGCCCCAUUUGGUGAGUGUGACUUGCAUUAAUUGUGUUCAAACUUUUAAGUCAGAAAACUGAAAUGAGUAAAAUGAGGGUUUAAAAUGUACUUUCUUAAAAUGAAAAGGCAAAGGUGGUACCUAAAAUUAAAUUGUUUUUAAAUAUUUUUGCAUAUAUACGGCUGAGUGCCUGUGUAUCUAUAUACAUUGGGUAAGCACCUGCCUGUCUCCACAUACGGAUCUGCAAGAGUGCACAAGUACAGAUAUCUGUGUAUCUAUAGUAUAUUGUGUGGGUGAAUGCAUGCAUAUGACAUAUGUUGUGCGGGCACAUGUUUGCAUGCACAUUCCUGCACUUUCCCCACUCUGUGAGAGUGUGCAUACAGCCCUGGCAUAUAUCCAGGUUGAAACCCUUUCAUAGUGAACCCUGUUGGCUAAUAAUCAGUGUAGGAGCAACUGCCAUUUUUAAAAUAAAACUUUUAAUGUAGUUUUAUCCAAUCUCCCCAAAACUAAAAGGAAAUACAAUUAAUAAAUUGGAUUUAUUCAAAUGAGCUGAUAUCUAAGGGCCUGUUCCUGGAAGUAUGUACUCCAUGUGAGUAGUCCUGUUGACUUCAGUGUCACAUGCAGGAGUGUUGGUAGGAUUGGGCCCUACAUCUGAACAAAGAAGGCUUCUUGGGGAGUCCUAGGACCAGGCAAAAAUUGGAGGGUUAAGAGAGAGAUGGGAGGCUGAUGGGUAAUGCAGAGUCAGUUAUACCAGGAUAAAUUGUGCCUUGGCUUCCCAACCCAGUCUGUGUGACAAAAUCACAGUUAUGAGUUUGAAAGGUCUCUAAAAUCCGAUUAAUUUUUAAAGCAGAGAUUUCGAAAGAAAGGGCGGAAGAGAGCUGAAGCUGACAGUCCCACGCUGGGAGCAGCUAGCAUGGACAUAUACCUGUACAAAGGCCGAUUGACCCCAGAACUCCACACAGCACAGAGGAUAGUGCAGGAUUGGAGCCUUUAUCCAGAAAAGCAGCAAAGUUGUGGGAGAUCUUGUGGCCAAAGGCUUUGGCAAGCUGUGCUGUAGGAGACACAUAAAUCAUGAAGACUGUUAGAGAGAAACAAAAGUGGCACUUUAAUACCUUAAUUUCUGCCUCUGCUCUGAACUACUGCGACUAUCACCACUUCAGCAGGGCUUUUACCUCAAAUCUCUCGCCCUCUCCUUUGGGUAUAAGGGCAGGAAGUAAAGGCAGGACAUUUUUACAGUCAUAAAGAGUCAUUUUCUUAUUCGCAAUUAUGCUUUGCGGGUAAGAGAUGUAAGAAUUACACUGUAUCCUUGAAAUACCUCAUGGCUUGAGUUUACAUAGCUUGCUUCCAUAUUUUUAUUUUUCUUAUUUAUUCACAAUAGAAUGUUCCUUUUAAAACAUUCAACAGCCUGGAAGUAUUCUCUCCAUAACGGGAAAAUAAAGUACAUGCGAGACUAAGGCUAGGUCUACACUACGGGGGAUGGAGGGGUCGACCUAAGAUACGCAACUUCAGCUACGCUAUUCACGUAGCUGAAGUUGCGUAUUUUAGGUCGACUUACCUGGCUGUGAGGACGGCGGCGAGUCAGCCGCUGCCGCGCCGCCAUCAACUCCGCUUCCUCCUCUUGCCGCGGUGGAUUUCCGGAGUCGACGGCAGAGCCAUCGGGGAUCGAUUAUAUUGCGCCUUCACUAGACGCGAUAAGUCGAUCCCCAAUAGAUCGAUUGCUACCCGCCGAUCCGGCGGGUAGUGAAGACGUGCCCUAAGAGUUUUAUAUUUUUGGCUCAUUUCAUUUGGGAAAGCAGUCUCUUCCCCCUUUCCCCCCCCCCCCCAAAUGUUUCAGAAAGGGGGCUGUGCUAGAGAUGUGCAUGAACUCAUGUAGCAACCCUGCCUCUCUGUCUAUCCUAUCCAGCUUUCUAAUGCAAUUGUGAUUUGGUUUUCCUGGGUUCCAAAUUAGAGAGUAAGUAUAAUGGAGAAAGGCUCGUUUCAACUGAUAUCUGAAUGAAAUGAUCCCUGCUCUCCAACAAUAUGGUGCAUUCACUAUAAUAGAGUCUUUGUUCCAUUGAAACAUACUGGAAGGAUAUAGGACUUCAAGAAAUAUUUGCUAUAUCAGAGCAUUAAUUCAAGCACUACAUGAACCUAAGUGCAUGUGUUCGUAUGUAAUACAUGUACCCCAGAGUGUGCUGCCCUCACAGUCCCAAGGAACCUCAAGCUUAUUUUGGUGGUGGAAAUCAUUCUAGUGUUAUACCUUUUCUGCAAUUCAUUUAAUAAUAUUUGAGUGUCAGACCUGCCUGUCCUUUACAUUUGCCAUUUGUGAUUUCUCAUGGGCAGCAUUUGAAUGGCCAUUGAUCUCCUAAGGCAGCUGUGUUCCACUAAAAGUAAAGCAGCUGGGCAUGCAACACACUGCCAUACCAGGAAUUUCUGGGCUUAGCCUCAGGCUCCCCAAGCCAACACGGAGACAGUGUAGCUGGCUCCAAGGAAGAGAGCUAGGUUUGCAUCCUUCUGCAGUGACCUCACUGGAGGAGAGUCCUAUGGAAACACCUUGUAUAAAGGUAGGGACUGAGGAGGGUACUGCACGAGCCUAUGGCCAGAACUUCAGGGCCUGACAAAAUAGUUCACUUUUAGGAGAGAGUAUGAGUCUCUAGACAAGGCAUAGAGCCCUGUGGCAGUUAUGUGGAGCUGGGAAAUACCCUAUCAAGAGAAGGCUGGCAAAAAAUAGACAUAGCUAUACAGAAGCAGUUGUCUUAGCCUUUGCCAGUCAAAUGAAAAGGUCUUUGCAGACCAGCAGGCUGUAAAUAACCCAUUAGACAGACAUGAUGGCAUUAUUGAUCUUUUAUUAACUAAGACCUAACCUUAUUGGCACUGUUCCUUUGUGAAAGGCCAGUCUGUACUAUCCUAUCGGGUCUCAUGGUCUGGAUAGUACAGAUAACUGUAAUGCUCAUUGCAUCCCAUGCGGGAGGGCAUUUACUGUACAGGCAGAUCCAUCUCUCUCACGCACACUCUGGAAUGAGUAUUUUUUUUAAACACACACAAACACCCUUGCCAUUUAAAAAAAAAAAUCACUGAAUCUUGUUUGGCACCAGAACAGUAAUAAAUAGCCAGAGUUUGCUUCCUUUUUCACUUACGGCAACAUGGAGUCAGUCUGGAGAUGCCCACUUCUACUUUUGAGAUGCACCAGUACAAGGACUGGUGCUUGCAGAAACCUUUCUUGCUUGUUUACUUCUAAGUGCCUUUUAGAAACAGAGAAGAGUGCCAGUAAGAAAAUAUAUUUCAAUAAAUUCAGACUUGAAUCAUCUUGCUUUCUAAUGAAAUAGGGUUUUUUUUCUAUGCACUGUGUUCAUAUUUAUAUACGUAACAGUUAUGUGUACUCUGGGUUCCAGUGCUAUCCAGGAAUAUUGGAUGCACUUUGUACUGAAGAUCAGGAACAUAAUGAUACCAGUUAUUGGUUUAAUUCUCUGGAUUAUGAUUGUGCAUCAGGCCAGGAAGCAGCAUAUUUAAAAUGUCUAUCAGUGCCUUUAACAGUGUGGCCUUCCCAUCUCGCCAUUUCAUGCUGUUGUUUUGUAGACAGUAUAUUACUGCAUUAGUAACAGUUUCCUCUAUCCUGUAUUAGCAUUUGAAGGACAUUUUACUCUUAUCGAGUGGUUACUAGCAACAGAAGGUGAAAUUACUAUUCUCUCUGCCCCUUAUAAUAGUUAUUAGGAUUCUUCUGUAGUGCUUUACAAGCAAUAACUCAUUAGGCCCUUCCUUGGCAUUUCUGUGGCUGGACUGAGCAAUCCUGUUUAUAAUUCAGUUGUGGUUGAGCUAUAAAUCCAACCCUGACAUCUGGGAAGAAAAGUACCCACAGUUUCUGUGGAAAUAUUCCCCAUUCAUUGUGCUGCUUCCCCUUUGGUUUAAAUCUGACACUCUCAUUUUAUUCCCAAACUCUGCACUUCUGCCAGAUGGCCCAGCACUCUUCCCAACAUGCUCCAUCUGGCUGUGAGAAGGAAACUUUCUAUGGCAUCUGAAUCAAAACCACCAAAAAAUAUAGUCUGUGCUAGAAAAUCAGCACAUAAGGAUUGAAUUCACUCAACCCAAUUCUGUCCUCCGAUACAUACAUGCAUGAGAACAUCCAAGGCGCUGAUAAGAUCAGGGCUCCCACUAGACCAAUAUCCUGUCUCUGACAGUGGCCAGUACCAGCUACUUCAGAGGAAGGGGCCAGAAACAUCUGUAGCAAGCAGCAGCCAGUAGGGGAAGUUUCUUCCUAUUCCCAUCAAUUGGCUUAUUAUUCUCAUUAUUCAUAUAAUUGUCUAACAUUUUUUUUAAUUGUACUGAGAUCCUGAAAUUCUCAUUGACCUCUGUAGGAGCCACAUAUGCAUAUUUGAGGGCAGAAUUUGAAUAGUUUUGGUAGCCUUCUGGGGCCAAGCAGGACCUGAGUGGAGUAGAUCCCUGGAAUAUCCACGCAAUAAAGAGCUGUGUUUCAUUUCCAGUCGUCCCACUGGAAACAAGUGGAAUUGUUUCAUGGCAAAAUCUAUUCUAUCCGUACUGAAAAAGAAACAGAACUGUUAUCUGAACCCUUUUAAACCCACUUUUUGUGGCCUUUGGGAGACUAACUCCUUUAAAUUUUAUUCUUAUUAAAUGUACAUUAUAAACACAGCUCACCGUCAAAUCCUUUCCCCUUCUGUGUUGGUGCAUUACAAUGCUCCUCCCUACUAGACCAGGAUUGUCUGAGUCACCCAUUUCCAAUAUCGAAUGCUUCUUCCUGUAUUCCAAAUGCUAACAUUAGGCAGGACUGGAACAUCAUGUUAUUGUUGUAGAGCCUAUGAGGGCAAGAGCAUUUGUCUAUAUGAGAGUUUCCCUGAGUUGUAAAUGUUGGUCAGGUGAUUGUGCUGUUGCUGAAACUAGUUUUCAUUUGACAUGUUCUGAACUGGCUUUAUCGACUUUUCUGUAUUGAAUUUAAAGAGUCUAAUAAAAAAUAACCUGAAAUAAAAGAGAAGUGGAGGAAACAAGUCUUUGAAGUCCAAGUUUUUGUGGCCUCAGAGGAGUGCUAACUGGGCCUGUCAUUCACAUACACACAAUAUAUAUUUCACCCUGCUUGGGAAACUUCCAGCUGUGGGACCCCCACAGUUCUUGUGUGAAGAACAAAAUUCCAAACACUGCUGCCAGUGAUGCACUGGAAAUAGCCCUCGCCACCACACUGAGCCCCUUUGCCCUCAUUCCAUGCACCUUGCAAGCCAGAACAUCCUAUGCCUUGUUUCUCGGUAACAAAUCAGACAGCAAUACACCAGCCCAGAACCCAAGACACUAAGCGCCAGCUCUGUAUUUACAGUGGUGGGGUGUCCGUCUAACUGCAAAGCAUGUUUUUCUGCUGUAACCCAGCAUCAUAGUAACUGAAGGGCACAAAGAUCUCUGGGGGGAAAAAACUGCUGUGAUAAACUCUCUCUUUGUCUUUAUACACUUUUUCCUAGUUCUUUCCCUUCCCUUUCAUAUCCUGGCCCCAUUCUCCAAGUCUUUCCACACUCACAUUGGUUGCUAAACAUUCCCAUUUACUCUGUGAUCCCCGUCCUCUCUCAAUCAAACCACAGCCCAAUAAAGCUCUCAUAGUUUGAACCAUGCUCAAUGGCUUUUCAGUAUUGUAGAUGAACACAAGGAACAAAGUUGUAUAGGGAAGGGAUAUGUAUUAAAUAAAUCCUGGAAUUGAGGUCCAUCUGAAUUGGGCUCAUUCUUUUCACACAUUAUUUAUUUGUAUUACCACCAUGCCUUAGUGAUGUAGCAGGACCCCCAUUAUGCUAGGUGCAGUACAAACAGAACAAAAAGAUAGGCCUUGGCCCAGAGAGUUUACAAUCUAAGUAUAAAACAGAAGGAUACAGACAGAUGUAGGAGUACAAGGAAACAGUGAGACAAUAUUGGUUAACAUGCUAGGCAGGAGUAUUCAUUGUCAAGUGUUUUUGUAGCCAGCAUGACAAACAGAAGUUUUGAGGGAUUUGGAGGGGGAUAAUGUGGUAGCUUUGCAGUGUUUACAGGUAGCUCCUCCCAAGCGUGAGGGGCAGAACGGGAGAAAGCAUGAAGAUGCUUGUUUGAAAAGAUAAGAAAUGGAUAAUGGGGAUUGGCAAUAUUGGCCAGUUGGAAGUGGGAGUCAGCCUUCUUUCAUGCCUCAGGAAGCUUGCUCUUCUCUGAACUCCCUGCAGUUCGUGGAGUAUUCGAUCAUGUGGUGACCAGAUCUGAAUGCAGUAUACCAGGUGUGGUCGGUCACACUAGACCUGUAUAAAGAAGGUCACCUCCCUGCUUCAUGACAGGAUGAUUAUGUAUAUGGUCCAAAAUUGUUUGGGGCUUUUUUGCAACCAUAUCACAUUGCAAACUCAGAUCUAAUUAUCUGUCACUAUCUCCCCUAGCUCCUCAUCAGUAUUGCUUUCCAUGUUUUUCCCUCUCAUUGAAAUAUGUAUUUUGAAUCAUUUCCCCCCCCCCAUCCACUGUCUUAGCUGCAUUCAUCCAAGGGGAGCCUGUGACCCUAUCUGUAUGUAUCCCCAUGCAAGAGGGCCAGGGGAUCACUGCUGUUAGCGAGUUUCAGUUGUUCCAAUUGAUUGUCAUAAACUGAAUCUGAUACAUAUCAUGUAAGGUAUCAUUGGAAAACUAAUAGCAUACUGAUUAUUAAUAGUCUUGUGUGGUAUAUGUAUGGUAAAUGCCCAAGGGACAUACAAAUAUGAAAGAAAUGUGAAACUAUGUUUAGCAGACAAGUCAGGCAGGGUAAACAGGUUCCUCUCAGUCAAAGGACAAGCUGACACCUCCAGCAGAUGUAACCACAGUUGAUUAGCAAUGACAUGUCAAGUGACCAUUUAUUUGCAUCAGAGAGGAUAGGAACAGAUCAAUUUGCAUUUUAGCAAAUACCAGCAGAGGAAGAAACCAGCAUGGAACUUCCUUCACCACCAAACUCCAUGUUGAACUUGAAUAAACUUUAUUUUGGGGGGGCAACUUUCAGAAGAAUUAAUUUCAAAAGUUCACGGAACUAUAAAAGAAAGGAGCAAAGAACCCAAGUUAUCUUUCACCUAUGAAGAUAAGGGGAACCAGCACCCUGUGCAUCUGUGGAAGACCCUGACUGAGAGACAGUCAACCAUGCUGGACCAAGAGUGAUUGGUGAAUGAAACCAUCUUAAACAAAGGCUGUACUUUGCUAGAUUGUUUUAGACUUUUAGAAGCAUGUUUUUUGCUUUUAUUUGCUUGUAAUCUUCUCUACCUUUAUUUCUUUUACUUGACAUGACUUGCCCUAUGUCCUGUUAUUAAUAAACUUAUUAAUAUGCUGUA